UCGUAACGUGAGCUCGUGUGUGACGCUGGUGUGUUUUCACACAGUGACAGAGAUGCUGGUGAACGUGUUGAACAUCUGCUCUGACGACGAGCUGAUGUCAGAAGGGGACGACACGUGUGAGGGUGGAGCUCCGGCCGUCAGAAAGGAGGUGAUCAGAAAUAAGAUCCGGGCGAUCGGAAAGAUGGCUCGUGUCUUCUCGGUGCUCAGAGAGGAGAAUGAGAGCGUGUUACAGCUGAAGGGCCUGACCCCGACAGGAACGCUGCCGGUGGGAGUUUUGUCCGGAGGUCGGCGAACUCUGCAAAGCGGUGAGUGUAAACGCAGCCGAGCAUCCCCCCAAAAACACUAA